AUGUCGUCCUUCUCGCCCAAGAUCGAUACUCAUUCGCACUAUAUCCCACCUGGAUACAGGGAGGCCUUGGAACAGAAUGGUCAUACUCAUCCAGAUGGCAUGCCCGGUGUCCCGUCCUGGAGUCCUGAAGAUCAUCUGCAGCUGAUGAUCGAUGCCAACAUCUCCAAGAGCAUUCUCAGCAUUUCGACGCCGGGUACUCAUCUUGUACCUGGAAACGAUGCAUUAGCCGCGAAGAUCACGAGAUCGGUGAACAGCUAUGCGGCCGGUCUGAAGAGGCAGUAUCCCGACAAGUUCGGCUACUUUGCUAGUCUUCCCCUUCCUGCUGUCAACGAAACGCUCAAGGAGAUUGCGGUGGCAUUCGACGAAGGAGCAGAUGGCGUGCUCGCGCUGACCAACUCUCAUGGUCGUUAUCUCGGAGAUCCUUUGUUUGAGCCAGUCAUGGCAGAGCUUGAUCGACGGUACGCCACUGUAAUGAUACACCCAACGACGCCUUGUAUUUUCCACAACGACGAGCCUAUAGCCGCUGCGCCGUUGUUAAAUCAUCCGAGACCAAUGUAUGAGUUUUUCUUUGACACGGCAAGGGCUGUGAUCAACCUUUUCCUCUCGCAGACCAUGUCCCGCUACCCUAACAUCACAUGGAUCAUUCCGCAUGCUGGCGGAGCCUUGCCACCACUAUUCUCACGCUUCACCGGCUUUUCGCGUAUCGUUCCAGGGGGCGUGAUUCUGAACGAAGACGACGUGCGGAAAACCCUCCUUGAACAGUGCUACUUCGAUCUGGCCGGCUUCGUGUUUCCCAACUCGACCGAAGGCAAAGGCCAACUAGCUGGACUCGUCGAGGGCAUGGCUAUUCCGGCAGAGAGACUGCUGUUAGGCACCGAUUACUGUUAUACACCUGCGCCUGCGGCAAAGAUGAUCCAAGCCAGGCAAGACGUGCACAUUACCAAGUGGUUCAACGAGCGAGAUAUCCGCGCAGUGUACCACGACAACGCAGAGAGACUUUUGAACAGAAGUGUGUCCAAGAGGAAAGUGAAGAAUGAGAAGAGAGCGGGCAGUGCGGUGAAAGUUGCGGAGGUUUUAGAGGUCGAUGACUGA